CCAGCUCCAACAGUCCCUGUGAAUAUUUCCCCCGGUGUAGACAGGCUGGUGGAGGAUGAGAGGUGAAAGUGAUGCAAUGUUCGUUUGCACCUGUGACACCCCCUCCCGCGGACAACACAGACACACACAGACACACACACACGAACCUGGCAGCAGCCUACCGAAGAGUAGGACGCUCGAGCCAUUGGGUGGAGCAGCGGCGUCGCGUGCUGCGGAAUACAUUGAGUAGGUCGUUAAGGCUGCGCGCGGUUCGGCUGCAGAUGCAGGUCGCUGAGUGGGAGCGCGAGGCGGGGGGAAAUGGCGAACAGGCGCGGGCGGCGGUGCACCUUUUGAGGAUAUAGUAGGCACCGGGAGCGCAGGCAGGCAGAGAGGCGGCUCGAGGACAGAGAGAAGUAGAGGAACCAUGGAGGACUCGGAGCCCGCAGAGGACGGCUUACUUGCGGGCUUGCGGUGGAACAGGAGCGCAAGAGACCAAGCUCAGCUGAAACACAAAAUCCGGGAUCUGCCGGGACUACUGAAGCACGGGCUUCACCUGCGGAAGAAAAGCCAAUCACCUGACACUAUCCCCGGACCAAGCACUGGACCUGCUGCACAUAAGUCUUGUUCCCAGAGUUUUCCAUGUGCUGGUCGGGCUGUGAGGAAUGCUUUCUUGUCACAUGGACCAUACCCAGCGAAGGACAAGAUACACCUGGCCAGAAUCAUACGGCGUAGCUAUGUGGGAGUGGAGCUGGUGCAGUGGCUGUGUGAGCAAUGUGUGUAUGUGCGCUGUCGGACUACCGCUGUGCGUGUCUGGCAGGUGCUGCUGGAGCUGGGAGUCCUGCUGUCUGUGGACCAGCGGGUGGUGUUUUCAGACUCCAACUCUUACUACCAGUUCAGCUUUGAGGAGUGUGACUCUCCCUCCUGUGAAUUUCGUUACAAUGAGGGGGAGUGGCCAGAGGCUGUUAAGCUCCUCCUACAACUAGCUCCAUAUGUCCAAUUCCGCUCAGGAGGUGGAGCCAAUAGUCCGUCAGAGGAAGACUCUGAAGGCAACAGGGACAUCUGCAGUGAGAUUCUUCAGAUGAAAGCUCUUGAGAGACUCACUUCUACGGUGCAAAGUGAGUUGGCGGCUGCUCUUGCGCGAAAGACACGUAAAGCUUUGUCAGAGCAGGACUCUGAGACAGCAGAGACGAGCCACCAGGAGCCUCGAACGCCCAGCGAGGAGAGCAGUCCGCUGGGAGGUGUGUGUGCUUUGCGGGACAGCAGCAGCAGCGGCGGCGGAGGGAUGGGCACCGUGUGCGGCCGCGAGGAGCUAACCAGCCGGCUGGGGCUGGAGGCCGUGCAGCGGCUGGCCAAAGACGGCUGUCGGCUGCUGCAGAACCACAACUACCGUCUACCCGACAGGAACCAGGCGGAGGCGGUAGGAAGGGUUUGUCUAAAGGAGAGAGGUCGGGACGUAUUGGUGUUGCGGAGAGUGACAUCAUCAGUGACAUCGCCAUCGGACAGGCCCUCACCAACAUCGUCCGGGGGCGGGUCCAGAGAGGAGGAUUGCGACAAGAGGUAUGUGGUGGUGUCCGGAACGCCGCUUAAGAUUUUGGAGCAUCUGCUAAGUGACCUACGAUUGGAUGACCAAAGAGGGGCACCAGAGAACAAGGAGAGCGAAAUGCUGCUGGAUGAUUUCCUGUUAACGUAUCUGGUGUUCAUGUCCACUCAUGACCUCUGUCAGGCCCUGCUGGGACACUAUAGCAGUGCACGCUGCAGGGGCCAGGAGGAGGGCAAAGAUGCCCUCUUCAGGAAACGUAAAGUACUGCAGCUUGUUUCCCACUGGAGCAGACUCUAUAAGGAUUUCCUAAAGGAAGAGGAGCACGUCAGGAGCUUCAUGAAGACUCUGUACAGGUGUGUUUUAGAAGAUCUGUACGAGUUCCCCACAUUGGAGAAAGACCUGAAGGAGUUUCAGAAACUUCUGCGUCGCAGGCACACGGUGGAUGACUGCCCUCCAAACCAAAAGAGCAAACAAACGUAUCAGCAUAUGAGUCUGAAGGAAAACUGUUUGCAGCUCCGCAGUCCACAGACCGAUACCAGAGAGGUUAUUUGCUGCGUGUACGUGAGUGCCGACUCCUACCUGAGUGUCCACACGCAUCCCUCGCUGGAGGCCCGUGAGCUUCUGCGGAUUGUGGCUCUGAAGAUGGACAGAGCAGAGGAGGACAUGGUGCUCGCCGUGGUGUCGCACACUGGAGAGCGGAGGGUGUUACAGCCCAGUGACUGUGUGUACUCUGAGUCUCUGACCCCACAAGGAAAGCUUGUGGCCUGUCGCAGGGAUCUUACUGAGAUCUUGCCUCCUUUAACAGACAGUGCUGAGCUAAGCAGGAGGCCAGUUCGACUCCUGGGCAUCAACACCUGGGAUGUGGCAGCUGCCCUCACACACCUGGAUUGGAGUCUCUUCAAAUCCAUUCACGAGCAGGAGCUGGUGUACUACACUCUCAGCCGCGCUCCUGGCACUGGCCACACGGCGGCGCUCUCAGUCCUGCUGCAGCGCUGUAACGAGGUCCAGCAGUGGGUCAUGUCCGAGGUGCUCAUGUGUGUGUCGCUCAACAAGCGAGUACAGCUUCUCAAGAAGUUUAUCAAGAUUGCAGCUCACUGUAAAGCCCAGAGAAAUCUGAACUCUGCAUUUGCCAUCAUCAUGGGUCUUAACACAGCUGCUGUCAGUCGACUCAACCAAACGUGGGAGAAAUGUCCGGGGAAGUUCAAGAAGCUCUUCUCAGAGCUGGAACUCAUCACGGAUCCAUCUCUAAACCACAAAGCCUACAGAGAAGCCUUCAAGAGGAUGAAACCUCCUAAGAUCCCUUUCAUGCCUCUUCUCUUAAAAGAUAUCACUUUUAUCCACGAGGGAAAUAAGACCUUCCAUGACAACUUGGUCAACUUUGAGAAGUUGCAUAUGAUUGCAGACACGGUGAGAAUGAUUCGCCACUGCCAAAGUGACCAGUCAGGCAACGAGGUAAUUGGGGUCGACAGUGCGGAGGUGAGGGCGAGCGUUCACUACCUGCACAUUAUCGACAAUCAGCAGACGCUCUUUGAACUUUCACACAAACUGGAGCCCCGCGCUUAAACAGAGACGCACACACACACACACACACACACACACACACACACACACACACA